AUGAGGAGACCGGUCCCAAAGGAUCUCCGGCCCACGGGACACCUGAAGGGUCGUGAUGGAGAGAAGCCACCGUGGGAUGUCCAGGAGCUGGGAACGUCACCGAGGCCGCCGUCGCCUCCCGCCUGGGCCCCUCCCGUGGUACCCAGAGCUGCCCCGAGGACCACCGGCAUCGCAUUCCCCAUCCCAGUGGCCCCCGCUUCCCCCCGCUUCUCACCCCCCCGGGACGGCACAACGAGCAACCAAAGGCAGCGAGGCGGGAAGCAGCAGGGACCCCCGGGCCAGAGACCCCCAGAACGCUCUGGGGGGGACCCGGUGUCCGGGCGCGGCAAGAUUGAGCGAGGGGGGUCACAGCCUCCCCCCCACCUCCACCCCAUCGGCUUCAUCCCCGGGGUCCAGCUGGCGCAGCAGGGAAUGGCAGCAGGUGCCUUCUUGCCGCCUCUCCCUGCUGUGCCCGCUGCCGAGCAGGGGCCCGACAGCCCCUAA